AUGUUAUCAGAUUCAGAUGAAUCGCCGACUGCUGAUAACCAUGAGUAUACCAUAGAUGACUACUACAGACUUGUCAAACCCUUAUGGUCGCACAAGAGCGUCAAUUUUAACCACAAGUUUAACCAGCACAAAGUGCUUCGCACACUAGUUGACUUUAGUCUAACACGUACCAUGCUAUUGGAAAAUCCACAAAAGAGAAGCAUAACCAUAGGUGACUUAUCAGCGAUCAAAAGUAGGAACGUCGAUAGUAUAGCCGUUCGAAUUGACGACGACGUCAACAACAAGCCAGAGAUCCGCUCAUCCAUACACACCAUCACCAGCACCGACAGCGAGAAAACAGGCGCCACCACCACCCGCCACAGCCAAUCAUCAUCAACUCAUGGCCAGCAGUACAGGUCGUGCUUGAGAUCAAAGUAUGUCGAGUUUUGUCCCCAUACCGCAAUUAGUGCCUAUUUAUUCAGUCGAUUUCAUAUACCUGACAUUGAUGGGUUGUUGGAGUUCUCGCAGGACAGCGUUUUUGAUAUAAACAUAGCAUCCAUUUACAAGGGUAGGCUACUAAAAGGUAAUGGUAAAUCAAAAUCAUUGUCACUGUCGCAACAACUUAUAUCAAGUAAUAGGGCCUUGGAGAUUGCUGGCUUCAGUCUUGAGGAGACAAACUUGAGGAAGUUAUUGUUGGCUCAUACUUUUGAAGUACCUGAUAAAUUAUCGGGAAAUACGAUUCUGGAAGUGCCUUUUGACGCAUUGAUGCAAUUGGCAGGAUUUGAGAGUGUGAAUGAGUAUUCAAUUUUACGAAACUCAAUCAACCCACCACAAGACUUGUUGGAUAAAAUUUUCCCUUUUAUUAAUCAACUGGAUAAAGAGACACAAAAUAAACAAGAGUUAAAGAGUGAUGAUAUGUUUUAUGAUGGCAUACCACCCUCUCUAGAGCCCCCUACCACUGAUGAGAGCAAAUUCCAACAUAUCAAAGAGUUAUUAAGGAUGCUACGAAAAAGUUUGUGCCAAGAUAUGCUCGUCAUUAGGAAAAGGUAUCCCCACAACCCGCUUCUGAAGAAUGAAAUUUUCAACUCAGCAGAAUUUGAAGCGUUUGCUAGAGAAGUGGAAAACAAUGGGGACUAUGACCGAUUAAUCAGAGAGUCAUGUUUCAACCCUCAAGAUGACGAAACUGAGAGUGAUUCUGAUGAUCUUUGGCCAUCAUCGAUUGAUUUUGACUCAAAGGAAGAUCUACACCGGGUAGUUGAAUUUCAAAAUAACAAGCUCAAAAGUUUGGAAAGAGAAGUAGCAAGAAGUGCCCAACAACAGCACGAAACAACUAACCACUUAUACGACUUUAUAUCCAAACAAACGGAAAUAAUGAACAAACAAAGUGAUUUCUUACGCAAUAUUCAAAAUUCAAUCAAUGGGUUGAUUAUUUUAAGUUCUUCCAAAAAUAAAAGUUCAGAAUAUUUAGCAAAGCAAAGUUUACAAGAUACGGCAAGAUAUAUCAAUAGUGGAGAGAAUCAGCAUAUACGAGCAGGAAUAGACAAUACUUUGGAAUUAUUAUCUCGAAUGAGGGAGCUGCAGCAACGGCAGAGUGGUGGCGGUGAUAUUACAGAAGGAGUCGCUGCUCAUCAUCAGUCACAAGUUCUGCAACAGAACCAAAGCCAUAGCCAGUCUUAUUAUCCACCAUAUAAUCAACAGCCCCCAACUGCAGUAGUAUACCAGCCACAACAUUACCAAACCAUGGCAGCUGCUCUGACAGCGCCAACACAUCGACCGUCAGAUGCAUCCAUCUCCACUAGGUCGUCAAUGCUCUCAACCACGUCGCCCCAUUUCCAGCCAGCAUUGUCUCAUUUUCAAGCUCAACAGCAUCAGCAGCAUCAUUUAACCCAGCUGCCUAUUGCACAUACAUCACUCAGCAACAACCCAAUACUUAAUCAACCGCAUCCUCACUUGCCUCACCACAGUGACUCAUUUCAAGGUGCCCAACCACCACAACCACCUUCGUCUUCUUCGUCGUUGCCCCAGAUCGGUCAACAGCAACAAUCCAAAUCAACAAGACAGUUGGUCCUAGGAAAACGGUUAUCGCGUCAAGCAACCACAUUAUACGAGAUGUGGGAUGACUUUAAACGGUUAGAAGAGGAGUUACGCCAACACGAGAUAUCGGUCACCGAAUGGUUAAAAGUGCAUGGCUCAUCUGAGCGUCAGUUUCGCCAUACAAGACUUAAAAUUAUCAAAUUUGUCGAAGAGGAGGCCAUGAGGCGAAGUGUCCCUGUUGAGAUUGUUAAGGAGAUGUUGCAUAAUAAAAUGCGCAACCGGUUGCGGCCGUGGACUUUGGAUGAAGUGCAACGGAUGCUUACAUCAGGUCGGAGAAUUGACUUGGAUGACCCUAGAUUGUGA